GGGGUCCCUCGGUUGUUCUUUCGCUUCCCCGCUCGCUGCCGCCGCGCUGCCGUCUCCUCUCCGUGCCUAGGCUCCCGGGAACCGGCUCCGGCUCGGCUGUGAGCCAGGAGGACGAGGAGGAGGAGGAGGAGGAGGAAGAGGAGGAGGCGGGGACACAGGCGGGGCCGCCGCGGAGCAGCAGUAGCUGCUGGCGAGGUUGCGGGAGGAAGCGGCUGGUCCCUUGAGGCUUACGGAGAAAUCACGGCGGAGCGGGCUAGUCCGGGGACCAGAAAUCCAGAGUCCUUUUUUUAUAUGGCAGCUUCGGAAUUGCUGACGCUCCGGCUCGCUUUCCCGUUCACCGGACCGGCCUGAAACGGGAGGUGGGGCUGUGACCCUCGAGGCAAUGCAAAGAAGUGGACCCGUAGACGAAAAACACGAGAUAUCUACAACUUCCUGCCGGCCCUUCUGAUAGGGGUAUCUCAGGGUUUUGAUUAAAUCGGUUUUUUUCACUGGAGAAUCUUGAGAGACAGAGCGUGUUGCAUUGUUGGAGAGGGGAAGGACGUCCCCCUCUAAUUCGGCGCCGGUGGAUGAAAGGAUUUUUGAGAACUCCUCUCCCCGUUUUCCUUGAGGAUUAAACCAGAAGGAUUCGCUGUGAUUGGGAAACAGAGCAAGACAUGUAAUGUGGCAGAGAAGGGGACCGGCUUCAGGAUGAAUCUGGACGCUUCACUUAGUAUAGGGCAGUGCUGUAACUCCCAGAUGCCUUACCUAGCCUUCUAUCCCCCUUCUCCUUAAACUCUUCCUCCUUUUCCCAUCAAAUUCCACUUCCGAGGAGACCCUUUGGAACUCAGAAGUGGCCAGCCCAGGAGUGGAGAACAAAUACCUGGAGAAAAGGAAGGGCCACAUGUUCUCUCUCUUCCCAGGAGCAGAUAUGAAGUGCUGUCUCCAAGCUCUGACUUCCCUGGUGUUACUGGGUGUGGUGUCAGCACAGAGACAAGUUGCUGUCCAAGAGGGCCCACUUUAUCGCACGGAGGGCUCUCACAUCACCAUUUGGUGUAAUGUCAGUGGCUUUCAGGGACCCUCUGAACAGAAUUUCCAGUGGUCCAUUUACCUGCCAUCUGCACCGGAACGGGAGGUUCAAAUUGUCAGCACCACUGAUUCUGCCUUCCCUUACGCUAUCUAUACCCAGAGAGUACGGAGCGGGAAGAUCUACGUGGAGAGAAUCCAAGGCAAUUCAGCCUUACUGCAUAUCACAGAAUUGCAGGCCCGGGAUGCUGGGGAAUAUGAGUGCCACACACCCAGCACAGAUAAAAAGUACUUUGGAAGCUAUAGUGCCAAGAUGAACCUUGUAGUGAUCCCAGAUUCCCUUCAGGCAACAGCGACACCCCAGACACUUCAGAAGGUGGAACAGGACUCUCUGGAACUGAGCUGUGAUGUCGCCACAGAGACGUCCCAGCACAGCCACCUCUCGGUUACCUGGUACAGGCAGAGGGCUGGUGAGAAACCCGUGGAGGUGAUCUCGCUGAGCAAGGAUUUUGUGCUUCAGUCUAGCAGUGAGUACUCACAGAGGCAGACCUUGGGAGAGGUCCGCCUGGACAAGCUGGGAGAGACCACCUUCCGGCUCACCAUUUACCACCUGCAGACGUCCGACCAGGGGGAGUUCUACUGCGAGGCUGCUGAGUGGAUCCAGGAUCCUGACAAGUCAUGGUACCCCAUGACCCUCAAGCGGUCAGAAGGAACUGUGGUCAAUGUCCAGCCGACUGACAAAGAAUUCAGCGUUCGACUAGAGACAGACAAACGUCUGUACACAGUGGGUGAGCCGGUAGAGUUCCGCUGCAUCCUCGAGGCUCAGAACGUUCCCGACCGCUACUUUGCUGUCUCUUGGGCUUUCAACAGCUCCCUGAUUGCCAGCCUGGGGCCCAACGCCGUACCUAUGCUUAACAGUGAAUUUGCUCAGAGGGAAAGCCAGGGUCAGCUCAAGGUGUCCAAAGAGAGUGACAGCGUCUUUGUGCUCAAGAUCUACCACCUCCGCCAGGAGGAUAGCGGUAAAUACAACUGCAGGGUGACAGAGCGAGAGAAAACGGUCACUGGCGAGUUCAUCGACAAGGAAAGCAAACGCCCCAAGAACAUACCCAUCACUGUCCUUCCUCUCACAGAUAUCUGGGUAGUUAAAGUCCCCCAGCACCAUGAAAUGCCGCCCCAAGGCCACUUGGAGAGCAGCAUCUCGGUAGAAGUAACCAGCAAUGCCAGCACCAUCCUGGAGGGAGAGAAUCUUCACUUUUCUUGUAGCGUACGAACAGUGGACAGAACCCAGGGACGCUUCUCGGUCAUCUGGCAGCUGUUGGACAGACGGAAUCGGCGAAGUAACAUCAUGUGGCUGGACAGAGAUGGCACGGUACAGCCUGGCUCUUCCUACUGGGAGCGUAGCAGUUUUGGAGGCAUCCAGAUGGAGCAGGUGCAGCCCAACUCAUUCACUUUGGGCAUCUUCAACAGCAGAAAGGAGGAUGAAGGCCAGUAUGAAUGCCACGUGACCGAGUGGGUACGGGCAGUGGAUGGCGAAUGGCAGAUCGUUGGGGAGCGGAGAGCUAGCACACCUGUCUCCAUUACUGCUCUGGAGACUGGCUUUGCCGUCACAGCUAUCUCUCGCACUCCUGGCGUAACCUACAGUGAAUCAUUUGACUUACAAUGCAUCAUCAAGCCCCAUUACCCCUCUUGGGUCCCAGUGUCGGUGACCUGGAGGUUCCAGCCUGUGGGCACCAUUGAGUUCCACAACCUGGUGACUUUCACCCGGGAUGGUGGGGUUCAGUGGGGGGAAAGGUCCUCUAGCUUCCGAACGCGUACUGCCAUCGAGAAAGCAGAAUCCAGCAACAAUGUACGUCUGAGCAUCAGUCGGGCCAGUGACACCGAGGCUGGCAAAUACCAGUGUGUGGCCGAGCUUUGGAGAAAAAACCACAAUAGUACCUGGACCCGACUGGCAGAGAGAACAUCCAAUCUAUUGGAGAUAAGAGUCCUGCAACCAGUGACAAAGCUACAAGUGAGUAAGUCCAAGAGGACCAUCACCUUGGUGGAGAACAGGCCCAUCCAACUGAACUGUUCGGUCAAGUCACAGACCAGCUUGAACUCCCACUUUGCAGUCCUCUGGUAUGUCCACAAGCCUUCUGAUGCUGACGGAAAGCUCAUCUUGAAGACCACUCACAACUCUGCGUUUGAGUACGGCACCUAUGCUGAGGAGGAGGGCCUGCGGGGGAGACUCCAGUUUGAGAGACAUAUGUCCGGUGGCCUCUUCAGCCUGACUGUCCAGAGGGCGCAGGUCAGCGAUAGUGGCAGUUACUACUGCCAUGUGGAGGAGUGGCUUCUGAGCCCCAACUAUGCCUGGUACAAGCUGGCAGAAGAAGUUUCGGGUCGGACUGAGGUCACUGUGAAACGGCCAGAUAUCCGCCUGAAGUUGAGCCAGGCCCAAGGUAACAUCACGGUUCUUGAAACUCAGAAGGUGGAAUUGGAGUGUAUGGUCCUAAAUCGCACCAGCGGGACUUCCCGACUUUCUGUGGAAUGGCACGUGUGGAAGCCCAACCACCCAGAGAGAGAGACGGUCGCCCGCCUGAGUCGAGAGGCCACCUUCCACUAUGGGGAUCAGGUCGCUAAGAACCAUUGGAAGGGGAGGCUGCAUCUGGAAAGCCCUUCUCUGGGAGUUUACCGCCUCAUUAUCCAGAAUACCGCCGUGCAGGACAGUGGGACCUACAAUUGCCUGGUAGAGGAAUGGCUGCUGAGCCCCAGCGACGUGUGGUACAAACGGGCAGAAGAUUCCUCAGGACAGACAAUCGUCACAGUAUUGAGACCAGAUGCCACACUACAAGUGGACACCGUGGUGCCCAAUGUCACCGUGCCAGAGAAGUCCCCUUUCCAACUGGACUGCAACAUCUUAUCUCGUUCGAGUCAGGAAUCCCGCUUUGCGGUUGCUUGGUAUGCUCUCAGGACUAAAGCAGGAGGAAAGAAAGGCAGCACGCUGGAAGAUGAGGAAAUAGAACGAAAGGCCAUGCUAAGUGUGGGACCCGAUGCCAUCUUUGGCCCCGAGGGCAAUCACUGGGAGGGCAGGCUCCGGUUCCAGAGACUUUCACCUGUGCUGUACCGGUUGACGGUCUUGCAAGCAGAUCCCAGUGACACGGGCAACUAUUCCUGCCGAGUGGAAGAAUGGUUGUCCAACCCUCAGAAAGAAUGGUACCGGCUGACUGAAGAGGAAUCUGGCCCAAUUGGCAUCCAAGUUCUCGACACAGGUUCCACGCUCCAGUCCAUCAUUUGCUCCAACGAUGCCCUCUUCUACUUCGUGUUCUUCUACCCCUUCCCUAUUGUUGGUAUCUUGAUCAUCACCAUCUUACUAGUCCGUUUCAAGAGUAGGAACUCUAGCAAGAACUCUGAAGGCAAGAAUGGAGUACCCUUACUGUGGAUCAAAGAACCCCAUCUCAACUAUUCCCCAACUUGCCUGGAACCUCCUGUUCUCAGCAUCCACCCAGGAACCAUAGACUAAAAAGAAGAUUGGGGUGGACAUGUCACAUCAAGUAGCAGAUGGAUCUUCGUUGCUUCCCUUCCUCUGUCUGUGCGUUUUGUACCGUAGGAUGGCCACUAGGCUCUGGAGUCCCCUGCCCAGAGGGUUUUUCAGACUUGAAACGUUUUAUAAAAUCCCCUAACCAGUGAGAGAGAUAGACACUGGUUGCUGGCAUUCAGCAGUCCCUCUCUGCGCUUUAUUUCCGUUGCCUGGCUAGUUACUCUGGUUCUGAUGUCAUAACCCUACUGUUAGAAAUGUCUUCUUGGAACAUAGUGAGUACUUCCUGGAGCCACUUUGACUGAAUAACUUAUAGUAUUCUCUGAUGAUCAUUAUAGGGAUUUGUUUGUAGAGGGUUUUGGUCCAGAUUUUAAAAUCACUUUGAUUCAGCCUUUUUAAACCGAUGGAAACUCCCUCAUCCACCAUUGAUUGCAAAAAGAACCAAGAACUAUGGACUGAUGAGAGGCUUUUUGUGAGACUUUUUUUCUUUUGCACAUAAAAAAAAAAGCUACCCCUAAAUCAAAAUAUUUCAAGCUGUUUUACUUGCAUAAAAAUAUUUGAAAAUGGUGUGUAGCAUAGGUCCAAUUUGUAUUUUUUUCCCCCUUCAACCCAGCCCAGAGUGUUUUGAAUCAAGAUGAAAGCCUCAAAUUUUACUUCAAAGAAUCAUGUGUGUAUAAGAGAAAAGGAGUCCUUUAGAAACCCAUUAGGAGUAGAUGUUGUCUAGCUGACUUGCCUAUCAGACCAAAAAGGCUUCACCAGGAGCUUGCCCAAAAAAAGACUUGGAUGAGGAGGUCAAACAAAGUUCAGCAAUACUCCUUCUCCAAACUAACAUAGACAGAAGGAGGGCUUCUUUCAGUUCUUUCAGUCAGUGAAUUAGAGAAGAAAGGAAAAUUGCUCAGUUCCCAUUGGUUUGAACAAUGAAGUUUGGUCUCUACAUGAUGGCAGUGAACUUUGAGUAUAUGAGACUUUAGUUUAUGAUGCUUUGUCAGACCCUUAAGGAAACCAGGUACGUGAUGAGCCUGGAGCCAUGCUUUAAUAUGGUAGUGCAUGUGGUGGCAAGUCAGUAGAUGACGGUACGAGGGACUCCCAACAAUCAGAUUUGUUGAGAGUGGGGGAUUGAGAGGAGAGGGGAAGGAUUUCCUACACUCGACACUGGUGAAUAGCAACCACCAUCCAUUCUUAAAUAAGCAAUUUGCACCCCCAAGAAAUAGUUGUUGCUUUCUGCUAUCAUUCAUCUUUCUUCCCAUGUCCUAUCUUCAGAAGAAUGUUGUCAGGGAUUGAGGGAAGAGAGUAUUACUCAGUAUGCGAUAGUAUAAGUUUUUAGUAGCUUGAGUACCUAGGCUUUUUCUAGUCUUAGUGAAAAAGGAUCCAGUGCCAUUGUCUGUGGGUGCUUUUCUUCCUUACCCCACUUAAUUUUUUUUUUUUUAAUGAUUUUAGACUUGUCAUUUAGCAGUAGCUUGGACUUUUGUCCCUUGGCUCAAGGACUCGAGUCUUCUUGCUGAGAAAGGUUAAUUCUUUAGAGCCUCCUCGACGUGAACUGCGAUGAUGCUAUUACCAUUUAAUGCUGUAAGAGAGAAUGCGCUGCUACUCUGGGCCAUCAAUAUGGUGAAGAUAGGGGGAGCGCAAUUACUUUUCCUCCCCUGUCCCUCCCCUCUUUUCAUGAAGAUGUUUUUCUAGACUUUUUCUUCACCUGUUUAACUUGACCAAUAGUGCCAGAUGGUGGCUGCCCCCAACUGGUCCAAAUCCUGCAUCCAGAGUAGCCCUCAGUCUGGAGGAACCCCAUCUCUCCCACCUCCUGACCAUGACACUCUACCCUCCCUAUGGCCCCUCCCACAUCCCGCUAACUAUAUGUUGAAACUCAACUCUCACAAGUUUCCUGGACUCUAACCUAAACUAGGAGCAGGAUCCAGAAGAGAGAUAGCUGAGGAACUUCCAGGGUACAGUGACCUUGAUGCCAGCCCUCAGGGUGGCCCCAGAGGUCUCAGCAUUUGCAGGUAGGGAGCCGUGUGUUCAUUAGACGCUUUUCACCCGUUUUCUGCUUACCACCUGCAGCAAGGUGAUCAGCCUAGUAGUCGUUUUUUUUCCGACAGCCUGGCAUGACCAGGGCUGGUUAGCGCCAGCCAUAUCAGUACUCUACCUUCAGAGAACACCUAGGCAGUGCCACCUUAAUCAUCCUGGCUGCCUAAACCUCUUCCUUUGGCUUAUUUUUAUGAUCUACUCCAUCAGCACUUAAAACAUAUGGCAUUAUCUCAGUUGUCAUUGUGUUGGGAAACAAAACAGUUUUUGGAAUUUGUAUUUCUUGCCACCUCUAUUUCAUUUCAGGGCAGGUGACUCCCUACGAGAAGGAACCAGAAUAGACUGGAGGUGGGUGGGGAAAGAUUCCCUUUUUCUCUUUGAAAGGGAAAGGUGCCAUAGGGUGGGAUGGGUGAGCUGUUGCUUUCCAAGAUGUUUGUGGUAACUCAGAAGGAAACCACCUUGAGCUGGUUGGCGCUUAGACGGAGGGAGAAGAUGCUACAUGGAACAAAGUGUGUCAGAUUCAUCAUAAGAAACCCGUGAUUGAAAAAGAAACCGAAGCCAGUAUUUUAUGAUGAUGCUGUUAUUUUUUUUUCCUUCUGUGCAUAUUUCAUCUGCCCAGGGAUGUCAUCAAAGGGUGAACUUGGCCAUUGCUGGCUUUCAGUGGAACCAGCCACAGGACUCUGCCUAUGGCUAUUUCCAUGGGAAUGAUUUCCUUGCUGUGGUCCUUCAGACAAAUGGUCAAAUGGUGCCCUCCAGUGGCCCCAGUCCUUCAUUUCACAUUGUUUUCUGGGGCUUUUGUCCCUCCCUGGUCCCAAGGAGGAAAAGCAGCUUUGAUCUAUUGUUAAGUAACCUUUGGUAUAAAUGCAAUAUUAAUGAUGGUGCAUUUAUGAAACAAUCACAGUAUGCUAGACCCUUUGAAGGGACACAGACAAGAUGAAGACCUCCUUCACCAAGGUGUUUCUAUAAAAAAGUUUUAUUAUUCUUUCCAAACAACGGUUCUUCUGCAUUAACUUGAGUUGGAGCAAAAAGGAGGGGAGGAAGGACAUUGCCCAUGCAUGAUGUGGAAAGCUGUUGGAUUUUUUUAAGAAAACUAUUUGUAUGAUGUUGCACUAAAAAUGUUUUAUAAACACUUCAGAGACCUGUAGUAAAUUAUGUUGAAAAUACGACUGUUUCUAUGUACUUUGUUUGAAGUUUUUCUGUUUUGACUUCAAGACUUACUACACUUUUCUCUUCCAUAUCACGACUUUCCCCAUCUCACUUUCAAUAUGUCACAGGAUUAGCAGAGGGAAUUUGGGGGGAGUUUUUCAGAAGCUGUAAAUGACAGGUGAAGGCCAACAGAUGAUACAGAAAAAGUUUAGAAACUUAGAAAGGCACAAAAUAUACAUACAGUUUUAUAUAACGUAAUAUAUUUUAUCUUUUAAUAACAUUUUCAGACUACAUCUCUGGUAUAAAGGGGAGGGCCAGAAAAUUUUCCAGGGAUUUUGCUGAUUGAAGGGGUGCCGCACUCCUACCCUGUGAUGUGGAAAGAAUAAUAGUAUUUUCUCUAGGCUUGAUUUCUCCAUCUCCACGAGCAAGUUCUGGAUUCCUUGAGCCCACAAUUCUUAGUACUGGUAGAGAGAGAGCACUGGAACAGGAAGUCAGAAGAUUUGAAUUCCAAUUCUGACCCUCCACUUAAACUUGUGAUUUUGAGUAAGUCAUAGUUUGUGAGUUUCCUUACCUAUUCAAAAUGGGUUAAAAUGAUUAAAAAUAAAGAUGAAAAUUUUAUAUGAUGAUAAAAUACAUGAUCACCUCUCUUACAGAUUGGUUGUGAUGAAAAAUGUAUAAGGACUUGGUAGACAAAAUUUAGAAGUAAGAUACUAUUAAAAUUGAGACUUUGGUUGCUCUGCCCUAGUUCAUGGAGAGUAGGACAAAAACCAGAUUCAAAUUUUAAAUUGUCAGUGUCUAGAUUUCAAAUAGCAAGUGUAUGGGGGAGUUUCAUCUGGACUCUGAAUAAACCAGGAAAAAAGGCUAGACAUGCAAAAUCAGAGAAUGUCCAUUACUGGGUUCCUGAUAUUUUAAUCCUUUCCUGACACAUCAUCUCUCUGGGUUACUUUUUGGGGAAGAGGCAUUUUUCUCACCUCUAAAGUGAGAAGGACGAGCAAAUUCAACAGUAGUUCAAAAAUGAAUAAUUAAAAAAAAAAAAGUCCAUGUACAUAGCACAACAGAUGAGUCAAUAUAAAACUAAAAGUAUCCAUUUCAGUUUACAUUUUUAAAAAUAC